UGGUGUUUGUCUGAAUGCAGUUGAUAAAGCUCACUUUGACUUAGACUUUUGCAUCAUUUGAACAUGAAUAACACAGUGGAAGAUAGUCCUGAGCCACAGCUGGCAUAUGCUGUGAUCUUUGGCUGUAUUAUGGUUCUGGGUUUACCUCUCAACGGUGUGUCACUAUGGAUCCUUCUUCGGCGCCACAGCAUCAAAUCACCCAACGUUGUGUUCAUGAUCAACCUGGCUGUGUCAGACCUGCUGCUCAUCAUCGCCCUGCCGUUGAGGAUCUACUCCUAUGCUACGGGUACCUGGACCUUUAAUACGGUGGCAUGCAAAAGUGCUAAGUUACUUUUUUACAUGAACAUCCGCACCAGCUCCAUCUUCAUCACCUUCCUCAGUGUGGACCGACUGUUGGCUGUUGUUUAUCCACUGAGGUCUCGCCAUGUUCGGACGGCUUCCAACGCCAUGAAAGCUGCUGCUCUGGCUUGGCUGACUAUUCUACCGAUAAACAUCAUUGAGGUUGUAAACCCUUCAAGAGGUUCCAACAAAUAUAAUGAAUCUUUUUGUUUUGAACGUCACCCCGAUCAGCAGGAUCUUCCCCUGAUCAAGAUCUUACCUCAAGCAGCUAUUUUUCAGCUUGUGCUUCUGGUGACCCUCCUGACAGUCAAUAUUGUGUCCACUUUUCUGGUGUCGUGGACUCUACACAAACAUCUCAGUGACUGUGCUCGUGUCAACAACAAGGUGAACGUUUUGCUGCUUUAUGUCAUGAAUCUGAUGAUAUUCACUGUAUGUUUUUUGCCUGUGACAGUUGGUUUAUUUAUCAGUGGCCAACAUAAAUAUUUACUGAGUCUUGCUACUGCCAACUGUUGCCUCGAUCCUCUGUUGUAUUACUUUUCCUUGGAUGCCUUCUGGAAGAAAAAAGAGGAUGUAAAUCUGGGACAAGAACUUUAGACAAGAGGUGUCAAACCUUCUCAGUUUUUCCUUUUUUGACUUUUUCCCAACAUACAUAACAUCAUCUCCAAAGCAAAGUAGACGUGGUAGUUGUUUGUUUACCUGCUUUACUAGUUUCAGCUACUUCCUGUAGCCUUGGUCAGAAGUGCCACAUGAUGUUGCUGUGACAUGUCUUAUAGGCUGUUCAGGAGGACUGGCCAGACACCAGACAGCAAUUGUAAGUUUCAGGAGAUGGGAAAAGCUGGAUUUGAUGAUACAGAUGUGUGUCAUUCCUGUUUAAGAUGCAACCGCUUUGUGUCCAGAAAGACUGCCAGCACUUUCAGGAGGAAUGAAGAAUCUCAUCUGUUGCAUUGAUCAUGUGUCUUAACUAGUCUGUAGCAUAACCAGAGACUGAAGUUUUACAAAGCCAGUAACUGUACAUGUGCAGAAUGAUCAUCCUUUUAUUCAUUUUCUUUCUUUCUUUCUUUCUUUCUUUCUUUCUGGGGGACUAAUUUAACAGUUUGCAAAAUCUUUGUUUUCCUGCCACUGAUAUAUGACAUGCAAUAUGAAGUUACAAUUCAUUUGACCUUUGACCACCAAAAUCACUUCACUUCAUCCUUGACCAUAGUUGAAUGUUUGUUUCAGAUGUGAGGGAAUCCGCAAAUGUGUCUCUAAGAUAUCAUAGCUUGGGGAUGUAUUUUCAGUUACUUUGACCUUUGGCUCUUUAUACUUGUGUUAUGUUUCUGACAAAUGUUACAAAAUUCUGUCAAAGAAGUUAGCAGACAUUGCAUUUCAUUCCAAUGUGCAGCAGAUGCAUCUAAAACUUCUAAAAAUGAAUAAAUAAAUACAGUGGUGUGCAAAAAUAUUACAUUUGUCAAAUCUUAAGAAACUGGUGGUUCAUUUUUUUCCUAGAGCCUGAAUUUCACUUUUUUUAACCACUGCAA